AUGGACCAGCUACCAGCAUACUCUGAAUCGUCCGCCGGUGCAAGUACAUCUCGCCCGGCAAACGCGCGAUCCGAAUACACCGUAUCGCUAGAGACCUCCAAGGGAGAGAAAUGGUUGACUCUCAGAGCUAGAAGCCGUGCCCAGGACUCAAGCUCGCUUCCUUCUUUUCUCGAAGGGGAUGUCAUUUCAGGUAAUGUCGAUAUGGAAGUCGCGAAGUCCGAGUCUAUCAAGGCCAUAACCGUCAUGGUUGCUGCCGGUACUACAUAUGUUGGCCAAGAAGAAGAGCGCUUCCUCAAAGUUGAGAAAGAGCUCUGGACCCCAUCCAUGCCCCUACCCGACGGCUCAAAGGUGUCGAAGUUCAGUAAAGGCCACUAUCAUUGGUCGUUCGAGUUAGCCUUGCCAAAGGAAGUCGAGGUAGAGGACGGAAAAGUCAAGAAACCCUUCCCACUCCCUCCUAUCUUCACAGAACGCGCCAGCCCGGUGUACCUGGACUACAAACUUAUCGUGACAGUAAAGAGAGGCAUGCUCAAAGUCAAUCAAACACUUCAGACUGCUAUCAGCUAUUUGCCAGUGACGCGACCAGAACCGCCUUCUCCAAUGCGUCAGAAAGCAUAUAAAGAGAAUCUUCGUCUCAUCGGUCCAGACGGCGACCCCGAGGGAUGGCAUGUCUGCGCCCCAGUCACUGUCUCAGGGACCGUCUUUGAGUCACGCAAGGUCGAGGUCUCAUGCACGCUCGCGCUUGCGAAACCCCUAACCUACGCCCGCGGGACACCUUUACCAUUAAUUAUGACCUUGUCGGGAGACGAUGAGCACGCUCUGGACCUCCUAGCAUCCCCUUCCUCCAUCCAUCUUACUAUGGUCAGAUCGGUUAUGACAGGGCCCAAAGCAACAGAUGACAGCGUUGAAGCAGGCGAAUUCGAAGCCGGCGCGGUAGACCGCAUUUUACAAGGCGAAAUCGACGUGAAGAGGUCACUGAAGCCAAGUUUCCAUUUUCCAAACUUCACCACUAGGGUAAGCUGA